CUCCUGUCAGCUGAAUCAGAGAGAAGGAGGGAGAGAGGGGAGAGAGAGUGUACAAUGGGGGACACACAAGGACUUCAUCCCACCUCAGUGCUGGAAGCUAAGCGCAUGGCAUACCGGAAAGUGUGCGCCAGCCGCGGCAGCUCCGUGGGCUCACGGGAUCUGGAGAGCGAGGAGCUUCAGGCGGCCCCUCUGGAUCUGGAGUGGGAGAUGGAAAAAGAGCUGGAGGAGCCCGGCCUAGACCACUUCCAGCUGAAGUGUGUGGAGCGCCAGGCCAUAGACAACUCUUCCGGCGGGGCCAUGGAUCCUGACCUGGAGCCCAUCCAGCCCUCUGUGUCCCCCCAUGGCCGGUUUGAACGUCUGCAGGAGGACCCAAACUACAGCUCCCCUAUCAGCAGGAACGUGCCCAAGGGGCAGAAGAGGAGCAGGACCUGCAUGGCCAAAUACCUGCUAACUGGUGCUGGAGUGUUCUUCCUGGGACUGCUCAUUGGCCUGUACUUCCACAGCACAAAGAAGCAGCCAGCCAAACCUAGCAAAAACACAGACCUGCUGGAAAGGAUCAUGCAGAACAUCACUGCAGAGAAGAUCCAGGCACUAAAAAGGGAUUUUAACGCCUUAGCCGAGGUCGGUGAGGAGGCCCGGACAAAGCGCCUUGCCCAGCAGUGGGAGGAGCUUGGUCUGAAGAAUGUCCAGCGGUCCAGUUACAACGUCCUCCUCAGUCGCCCCGGCUCCUUCCCCAAUACAGUGGUUGAUGUGACCAGUAACCAUUGUUACCUGCCCAAUGGAGCCAGUUGUGAAAAUUGGAGCAAUGCAUCAUCUUCUGAGCAGCACUUCGCCUUUGCAGCCUACUCAGCCACGGGGACACUAGAGGCAGAAGUGGUGGAUGUACAGUAUGGAAGUUCUGAAGAUUUGAGAUGGGUCAGAGCUCAGAUGAAUGCGACCAAUAAAAUUGCACUGCUGAAGCUUGGACAUGCACCUUUACUGUACACGCUUUCUCUCCUGGCUGAGGUGGGCUUUGGAGCUUCUCUUCUCUAUGUGGACCCCUGUGAUGUCCCCACAGAGCAGAAUGCAUGGCAGAAAGCCUUUGGGGUGACAUUAAACCCAGGAGGAGACCCUUCCACCCCAGACUACCCAAGCACGGCUGGCAGUUUCAGGGAGGACCGUCACAAUUUGACAUCACUGCUGGUUCAGCCAAUCUCUGCCCACCUCGCCAAAGUGCUGCUAUCCGCUCCUGUCCCGGGCUAUGACCAACCCUGCGUCCCUCUGGCCAUGCCGUCGUCUGCCUCAGGACUAAAGACUAUAAAGCUGACCAUUGGAUCUCAAACAUCCUAUGCAAAAGUACAUAAUGUCAUUGGGUACCUGAAAGGGAAGAUUAAUCCAGAUCGAUAUGUGCUGGUUGGCAGCCGUCACAGCAGCUGGUACGAGGGCGCUAUGGCAGACUGGAGUGGCGGCGCUGCGGUCAUGACUCAAAUCAUCGCCUCCUUGACAGCUCAAACCCGCGCGGGCUGGCAGCCCGACCGCACCACCAUCUUCUGUUCAUGGGGGGGAUCAGCACUCGGCAGCAUCGGCUCCUAUGAAUGGGGGGAGGAGAACAGAGUAGUUCUGGAGAGCAGGGCAGUGGCCUAUGUCAGCCUUCACAGUCCAGUAAGAGAACGAGGACCACAGACCACAGCAUCACCCUCUCUACUGCAACUGGCCUCCGACAUCCGGAAGAAACACAUAAAGAAUUGCAUUCAAGCUGGAGGUUGCCCUGGCCUAAACAUCAGCUCCCUGCAGUCUCCUGUGGUCAUGGAUUUCUUCACCAAUCAGCUCGCUGUUCCAGUGGUAGAGUUUGCAUCCUCAGCCAAUCCAGCAGAGAGAGUCCGCUUCGUCUCAGAGGCUUUUUUUCCCCCCUCUGAGUCAUUGUUAGCAGAGACCUUGGAUCCCGCCUUCAGGCUCCACGAGACAGUUGCUAAGAUGACAGCAGAGGCCAUCCUGCGUCUCAGCACCGAUCCGGUCCUUCCAUUCAACACAUUGGACAUUGCACUGGACAUUCAGAAUAAGCUCAAAGAUGACCCUUUGAGAGGACCUGAUCUUCUGGCCACUGCAGCCUCUUUUAGGACCAAUUCAAGUCUCUUCCAGUCUGAGAUUAUGCGCCCUGCCAAUGACCCCAAAGAGCGUGACCCUUCUCACGUGCGCAUGCUGAACGACGUGCUGCAAGACCUGGAGAAAAGCUUCCUUGUUCCAAGCCCACCUCCAGGCUUUUCACGGAACAUUCUCUUUGGGCUGAACAGACACACUUCUGGCUUUGCCAUCUUGAAGGCCGCCGAGGAAGAACCCAAGCGCAGCGCUGUGAACCGGUCAUUAUCCCAGGUGUCUACCUCCAUAAGCUCUGCUGAAAUGCUCAUCUGCAGCGGACUUGAACUCUUUGAGAAUGACCCUGAUGGCUCUCAAUGAAACAGCCACACCUCACCAAAGCACUAUACAACAACUCCAAACUCUUCAGGCUAACUUGAUAAUAGAGUGCGUAGAGCGUGAUCUGCAGACCUGCCAAGCUUUGAGAAAUACUGGAUGGACCCAGGAACA